UGUGACUGUAUUUUCAUCAGUAGAUCUUAUGUUGCACAAUAGAGAUCUUAGGCCCGGUUUUUCUAUUGCAAGUUAACUUUAACUUGACUGCUAACCAGAAGUUAACUAUGAAAAAGCGUUUUUAAUGUCAAGUAUGCCCUAAAGCGGUAGUAAACUUCAACCAGAGGAUCAUGUAUGGGAUAACUGUAACGUUGUGAUCAAAUUGCAAUGUCUAACCAAAUAAACUUGACAGUGACAUAGGUUGCCAUGGAUGACACAAGACACAAAUAGCGAACACGAUAAUUCAGGCAUAAAAGCAGCAUUUCCAUAUCAACGGUUUAUGUAUUGUUAACCGGAACAUGAAAAACGAAUUCACAGACAAUUUAUAGUUAAUUUCCAAGUCAUAGUUACCCAACUAGAAAGUUAACCAAUAAUUGAAAAACUGGGCCUUACUGUGAAGACCUUGGACAACAUCAUAAACCAGGUCACUCAUGAAGCUUCAAUUUCCAUUGGUCUAAGCGUUCCGAUACUCCCGGUGCAGACCACGCCUCCUCACCACUUCCAUCCAAACCGACACAUUCCGGGGUGUACCGGAAUUCGCUCGCCCGAUUUGCCUUCGGGAUCACCGGAUUGGUCGGCAUCCUGCGCUUGCUCCUCUAGAAUGUUGGCAUGUUUUGCUGUAGUGGAUUUCAUAAUAGUCUAUAUUUUUUCUGACAUUCGACGAUAUAGGUAUUCAGAACGAGAUGUCAUUUUACUUGACUAUAUUGAUCUGUUUAUUUGUGCUACUUUGUAAUCAUUAGAC